CAUCCUGCACGAAAUAUUACAAAAAAAAAAAAAUGGAUCCAUGCAUAGUACGUGUUAUGAUUUAUCAUUUUGCCAAACGCAAACAUUCAAAGCUUCGCUUAUCAUUUACGAUGUUUCAAUGUCGACCACAAUCGGCAAAUGUCCUGGAACAAGUGACCUCGCUUUCUUAUCUGAAAGAUCAGAUGCGCAAGGUGUUCAGAAUCAAGGGAAAACUAACCGCAUCGCAAGAGCUACGUUAAAAAAUUAAUCACAGACGGCGCACACGUCAUCAGUUCAAAACACAAAUCUGGUCGACACAAAACAAAUCUCUGCCAUUUAAAGAAAAAGGAACACAAUAACCAAAUAUAAAGCAUGCAAUCAAGCGAAGUCUUAAUCUUUCUACUCAGCAUCGUUCUGUUCGCUGAAGGAGCGACAAAAAUCGGCUUUCUACUGGAUGAAAACAUAAUCAAAAAAGAAAAACUUCGAAAGUAUCUGGACCAUCUGGACACCAGGAUCCACGGCAUUGACACCAUAGAGCCAGUUUUUGUCAGCUUAACGGCCGUUCAACAAUCUAAUGUGCCACAGAAACUGAGUGAGGUAAAAUGCAUUGUUUCUAUAUCAACGGAGAACGAAGUAGCAAGCAGACUGGGAGAAAUGCUUGCAACUCCAGUCAUCACCAGUUCACCUAACAUUGCCCCUGUUGGAAAGUUCACUGUGUCCAUGUAUCCCAAUUACGAGCUUGCUAACAAGGUUAUGGUAGAUUCUUUAAAAUACUGGGAGAUCAAUCCAGUUGCACUUCUGUAUGACGUAAAAAGAAGCGAACAAGCAGCACACCUACAGUCACUAGCGAGAAAAUCUAACAUUCGAAUGAAAUUGAUGCCAGAAAUGAAAAUGGACGAAGAGAAAUCACUGACGUAUGCAGCCGGGGAGUUGAAGAGAUCACAUCUUAUGGCUGUCGUUCUUCUUUGUGACCCAAGAAAGAUCUCCAAAGUCAUGGACCAGACGAUUGAAUUCAAUUUAUACGAAAAGGAAACAAACAAGGGAAAAAAAGUAUGGAGGUGGUUUGCUUUAGACCUGGAUUUUAUGCCAAGACACGAGUGCAGCUCAGCGUUAAAAGGCUUUGUUGGAUUUGUUUCGCAUACGCCGGGCAAAGAAGAAAAUACACGAAUAGAACGUUUCAAGAACCGUGUGUUGACAACGGAUCAAAGAUUUGAGCAUACUGGUUUAAGCAAUAAUUUUUUCGCAAAUUUACACGAUUCGUUGUACCUUGCUGUCGCCAUCUCUGAACGUUGUAGCCAUGGCAACGGUUAUCACAGUCGACUACAGUGCCUCCACGAGUUUCGUACGGCUAAAAUAUCUCCGUGUCCUGUGGGCAACUACUCACUUAAGAAAUGUUCGCUUGGAAGAAAGGUUGAAUUUCAAAACGGAGCAAGAAAAGUGAACGAAAUAAAAAUUGUCGACAUAGAGGUUGAACAUGGUGUGGCUAAAAUUAACAAUGUUGGUGAAUGGACGCCAGAUCUGAGGACCCGAAGCGCUGAUCCAUCGAUGACCUGGGUACAAAACGACGAUCGGAAAAAAUGCAAAACUGAGAAAAACCCGACCGCGGGCACAAGGAAGAAAUACAAAAUUCUGGUGAAAAAUGACGAUAAACCAUUUGUCAUCAUCAACGAGAACAAGAGUCUUCCAAUGGAGGAAAGAUUCACAGGAUUUUCCAUCGAUAUCGUCCGAAAACUGGCAAGUCCUGAGUAUAUGGACUUUGAUUAUACCAUUGAUAUUCUGAAUGGGACAGGAGGAGUCAAUAAAAAUACCAGCAGAUGGUCAGGAAUCAUUGGUGAAUUAAUUGAUCAGAAAGCAGAUAUGGGGACCGGCUCACUCACGAUAACGGCUGAGCGGGAAAAGGCUGUUGACUUCAGCAAACCAUUUAUGGAUUUUACGAUGGCGUUAAUAUUACGAAAGCCAGAGGAUGAGAAACCCAACAUGUUUAGAUUCCUAGAUCCGUUCUCGCCAACCGUAUGGCUUUGUACAAUCAUGGCGGUGUUCUCAAUGACAAUAUUCAUGUACGCUGUCGACUAUCUCAGUCCCUAUGGGAAUCGCAAGACCGCAAAGGAAUCAGACGAGCCUGGGGACGAAUUCAGCUUGUACAACAGUCUCUGGUUCGCUACGGCGAGUAUGUUGCAACAAGGCCCGGACAACACUCCAAAAUCGCCCUCGGGAAGAUUAUUAGCAGCCUCGUUUUGGUUCUUUGUAUUGCUGAUGAUCUCAACAUACACUGCAAACCUUGCCGCGUUUUUUACAAAUAAAAAGCCGAAGAAUGCGAUAAGUAAUUUGGAGGAUCUCUCGAAGCAAAACAAAGUCAAAUACGGUGUCCUCAAGGGAGGACAGAUUCACAGAUUUCUUGAACAGAAUAGCAACGAUACGGUUUACAAGAAGAUGAUUCUUCACAUGAAAAAGGAAAAUUCAUUUGCAACAGGAGCUGACAGCGCUGUUAAACGAGCCAGAAAGGGAGGAUUUGCUUACAUCACCGAGGAACCCAUCUUGGAGUAUUACAACUCAAGAAGUCCCUGUGACACGAUGCUUGUGAAGCAUUUACUGGAAGCAAAGAGUUAUGGUUUUGCCCUGCCUAAGAACUCCGAGUUAACAACAAAUCUUUCUGUGAAUAUUCUCGACUUACGGGAGAAAGGAUUCAUGAACGAACGCUAUACUUACUGGUGGAAGACACAGUCUCAGUGCUCCACAACCGUGAAGCCAAUUGGUCUAGAAAGCAUGAAGAUUCAGUUCAAUAGCAUGGCUGGCGUAUUUAUUGUCCUGGUAUCUGGAGUUCUAAUAUCUCUCAUACUGGUAGUGAUUGAAGUGAAAUUCAAAUGGGUCAUCGAUCUCAUACUAGAAGCAGGGUGCGAACAAUGCACAGACUAUUAUUGCGAAGACGAUGAAAGUUAUGAAUACAUGGAAACUCACGUGGAAACAACUGCCCCCUGCUCAAUAAAGAGAGUGCCAGAUGCCUACUCCAAUGUUCAAGAAUCGAAAGUGUAAAGCAAAGUUUGAGAGACAAGUACAAAAAGCGCUGUUGGGUGGCCAAGAUUUUUGCUUCAAGAACCUCCGCAUUAUAUAAAUAUUAGACGGAACCUAGUCGGUUAUACUAGCUUCUAGAAAUAAAUAAAGUAGUUAAGAUAAGGGGAAUAAAAUGUAUGAUAAUUGGGUGGUGAAGAAAAGCAGGGCGUGGGUAUUUAUUUGGAAAAUUUGGGAGGUCAAUUUACAGUGACAAACAAACAAUAGUGGGUGAGGGGGUGGAAGAGAUUGCAAGUGUGUCAAAUCUAUUAACAUCUGCAUAAAUAAAUAUAUGUAA